AUGUCACCUGAUAUUUUAGUUAGACUCUGGCUCGGGGAUUCAUCAUCACCACCGCCUAAGUACCAGGUGUUAAGGGACCUGACAACUGAGGAUCAGGAGUUCCACUUAAGACUACUACAGACAAAAGGUACUGUUAUGCGUAAGGCUGAUGCACUAUACUAG